CAGAUUGCACUCUGAGUCAAGGAGCAGAGCAGAGGGAUAGAGCUGAGGCGAGGUUGUUGUACCUGCAUGCACGUUACAUAUUAUCCCCUCCACAAUCUUGAGUUCAGAAGAUGAGUCAUCGAGCGGGCGAAGUUCAGCACAGAGGAAAGUCUCCUCCACCUAGCUGUGUUUCUCUGAGGAGUGACAGGUCUAAAGAUCCUCCUCCAUGCUUCAGUAAUGAACCAGAACCUUUAGACACACAAAUAUCAAAGGGGUCCGUUUCUGUUUCCACGGAGGAGCAGCCCUCCUGUCCCCAGUAUGAUGAAAGUCAGAGACUGCAACUAUCUCAUCAAUCCAGCACUAUAAUAAAUCUGCGGGAGGUUACAGAUGCAUAUAAGACUAGUCUGAGGACUAGAUGUGAACAUGUGACUGAAGGAACUGAUGAGGAAGGAAGUCGAACCCUCCUGAACAGGAUCUACACUGGGCUCUACAUCACAGAGGGGCAGAGUGAAGAGGUGAACACCCAACAUGAAGUCAGGCAGCUUGAGACAACUUUCAAGAUGGAGCCCCAUUAUGAGACUCAAAUCAAAUGUCAGGACAUCUUUAAAACCUUACCAAACCAACGGGAAGACAUCAGAGUGGUUCUGACACACGGCGUCGCUGGUGUUGGAAAAACCUUCUCUGUGCAGAAGUUCGCUCUUGACUGGGCAGAUGGCUCCGAAAACCAAGAUGUCAAUCUGCUGAUUCCAUUUUCAUUCAGGGAGCUGAACUUGAUUAGAGAUGAGCGGUACAGUCUUCUCCAGCUGCUCCAUGUUUUCCAUCCAACAUUACAGAAGGUCACAGCAGAGAUGCUCGCUGUCUGUAAACUUUUGUUCAUCUUUGAUGGCCUGGAUGAAAGCAGACUUUCUUUGGAUUUUCACAUCAGUGAGGUUGUGUCUGAUGUCACACAGAAAUCAUCAUUAAACAUACUGUUGACAAACCUAAUCAAGGGGAAUCUGCUGCCUUCAGCUCUCAUCUGGAUAACUUCUCGACCUGCAGCAGCCAGUCAGAUCCCUCCUUCAUAUGUUGACAGAGUAACAGAAGUACGAGGCUUCACUGACACCCAGAAGGAGGAGUACUUCAGGAGAAGGUUUAGUGAUGAAGGUCUGUGCAGCAGAAUCAUCUCACACAUCAAGACAUCCAGGAGCCUCCACAUCAUGUGUCUGAUCCCGGUCUUCUGCUGGAUCACUGCUUCUGUUCUGGAGUACAUGAUGACCACAGACCAGAGAGGAGAGCUACCCAAGACCCUGACUGACAUGUACUCAUACUUCCUGCUGGUUCAGACAAAGAGGAAGAAGAGCAAGUAUGAUGAUGGACCGAUGAGUCCUCAGGAACUCACUAAAUCUGACAGGGAAAUUCUUCUGAAGCUGGGGAGGCUGGCGUUUGAACACCUGGAGAACGGAAACAUCAUGUUCUACAAAGAGGACCUGGAGCGGUGUGGUUUGGAUGUCAAAGAGGCCUCGGUGUACUCAGGAGUUUGUACUGAGAUCUUCAAAACAGAGUGUGUAAUCUUCCAGAAAACAGUCUACUGCUUUGUUCAUCUGAGCGUUCAGGAGUUUCUGGCUGCAGUGUACAUGUUCAACUGUUUAACAAACAAGAACUCAGCUGUAGUGGAGGCUUUCCUGGAAGAGGACAAUAGCAGCUAUGAUGGGCAGAACUUUUACCUGGAUGGUUUCCUGAGGGAUGUCAUGGAGAAAUCCCUGAUGAGCCAAAACGGUCACCUGGACCUGUUUGUUCGCUUCCUUCAUGGCCUGUCUCUGGAGUCCAACCAGAGACUUCUAGGAGACCUGCUGGGUCAGACAGACAACAGUCCAAAAAUGAUCAAGAGAGUCAUCAACAACCUGAAGAGGACCAACAGUGAGGAUAUUCCUCCUGAUAGAAGCAUCAACAUCUUCCACUGUCUGAUGGAGAUGAACGAUCUCUCAGUCAAUCAGGAGAUACAAGACUUCCUCAAGUCGGAGAACAGAUCAGAGAAGAAACUCUCUGAGAUCCACUGCUCUGCUCUGGCCUACGUGAUUCAGAUGUCGGAUCAGGUUCUGGAUGAGUUAAACCUGAAGGAGUAUGACACAUCAGACCAGGGACGGAUCAGGCUGAUUCCUGCUGUGAGGAACUGCAGAAGGGCUCGAUUCACUUUCUGUGGACUAUCUGAGACUCACUGUGAAGCUGUGGCCGCAGCUCUGAAGUCCAACCCCUCCCAUCUGAAAUAUCUGAACCUCAGCAGAAACAACCUGCAGGACUCAGGAGUGGAGCAUCUCUGUGCUGGACUGAUGAGUACCAGCUGUAGACUGGAGACACUGAUUUUGGUGAGCUGCAGUUUGUCAGAGAUGAGCUGUUCUUCUCUGGCCUCAGCUCUGAAGUCCAACCCUGCCUAUCUGAGAGAGCUGGACCUGAGUAACAAUCCUCUGCAAGACUCAGGAGUGGAGCUACUCUGUGAUUUCCUGAAGAGCCCAAACUGUAGACUGGAGACUCUUAGAUUAAGAGACUGCAGUUUGUCAGAGAUCAGCUGUUCUUCUUUGGCCUCAGCUCUGUUGUCCAACCCCUCCCAUCUGAGAGAGCUGGACCUGAGCCUCAAUGAGCUGCAGCAUUCAGCAGUGAUGCUGCUGUGUGAUUUUGUAGACAGUCAAAAUGAGAGACUGACUCUGAAAUGGUGAUAUUUGUCAGAGUGUUUAAGGAGAGGAUCAUCUUUUUGAUCCGAAAGGGAAAAGCAGCACCAGUGGUAAGUGUGUUACUUGGCCGUGAUACAGGGAGACUCAACAGGUGAAGAUGACUGGCAGUCCCCCUCUGUAAUACACAGGACCUGGACCACCAAAACUUUUCUAUUCUAACAUAUAAUCUGAAAUUUAGGUGCUGCAAGGCAAAUAUCAACCCUUUGAUUUGGAUAGAAAUGUUUAUAUUUAUUGCAGUGCCCCCUAGUGGAAAUAUCUAGUAGAGCAGGUUAUUAAUUCAUUUGAUUUUUGGGGUCAUAUUUGUUUGAUUUGAAGGGAUUUUAAUUCAAACAACAGCCCCCAUGUGUCACAAAGGGGAGAUUAUAUCAGAUAUUCUCCAGUCUGUUGCAGACUAUUUUAAGAGCCAAGUUAUUAUCUGACACAACUAAAGCUAAAUAGAAUACACUGAAGAUUAUGCAGCUUUUAUUUUUGUAAUGUUUUAUCAGCUGAUUGCAGUCAUGUUAACACAGAUGAGAACCUAAACAAAACAGCUGCUGGAUGUUGUUAUUUUUGUUGUCCGUUUAGAAUUGGCUGGCAGGUCUGUAAAGUGGUGUUGUGUGUCAGCUGUCAUUGGCCGUUGUUGUUUUAACUCCCAGUGGUGUCAUAUAAAGUGAAAUUAGGGGAUUGAAAUCAUUACUGAAGAGCGCUAUCUUCGUUUUGAAAUUCUGAAUAAUGUCAGUUCUGGCUUCCUUUUAUCAAGGGCAUUGCAGAGUUCAAAAUGCACUUGUUUUUUUCAGUUAAAAUGGACCUGCUGAAUAUCUAACUGCUCCAUAGACAGCACAGUCUAGGCGUACAAGGAAGGGACGUCACAAUCAUGUUUAUUUUAUUUAUUUAUUUUGCUGCUGAUACAGCCACAGAUCAUCUAUGAGUGAGACUGAACAAUGCAUACAAUCAUACUUUUAUUAUAGCAGCUGGUCUAGUUUUGUGGUAGUAGUGAGUGUACUUUGUAGUGUAUGGGGACCUCCUAAAGGUGGCAGUGUAACCUGAAAAAGGAGCACAGAAGUAAUCCUCAUUCCAACAACAACAUGGUUUGACUCACUUUAACAGAACAGAGCAAGUCUCCCAAGGAGCAAUGCAACAAGUAUACAACAGCAAGUGCAACUGAGCAAAAAAAAAAAAUGAGGAUUCAAUCACUCUAAGUUAACUUAUGUGGAUUCCUUAUCACAGCUAGUUAUAGAUGGUAAAAAACUAUUAACAGUGUGUAAAACUUAAAGAGCAAAUAAUCAAAUGAUUAAAAGGCCAUAAGUCGGCAACAGUUGCUUGUAAGUUGAGGGGAGCACUGCUAUUUUUAUUAAUGAUGCCUUAUGCUGUAGAUUAAAAGUUUAUAGUUUAUUAUAUCACUUUUAAUAUCAGCCUUUUUAUCUUGUCAGGUGUGCCUUUAACAGGCUUUGAAAUAAACCAGGAAUUACCAUAAACACAGAGAUGUUUGUUAUUUUGUGUAAAUUAUCAAAAUUGUCUCGUUUAUCCUUUUCCUGAAAUCAACUCAGUGUGAGUGAAUGAAUAGGCUUACACCAGUUCAGCAGGUGUGCCUAGAUUCACCAGGGUGUUUUUCAGGUCAUGUUUGUUCUAUGAAAAAAAGCUUUUUGUUGUUUUGUGAGAUUGUUUUAUCUUGUCAGUUAUAGAACUACACAAAUCCUGCAGCAGUCAUAAGGAUCUAGUGCUUUUUUAAAAUUCAGUUUGACUAGGGUGACCUGAGAAUUUUAAAGAGUGCCUCAACAGAAUAAAAGGUUAAGAAUAGCCGUUUUAUAUAUUGUAUUGCAUAUUAAAUACCGUACUGUGCAUUACCAUACAACUUUUGAUAUUGGUUUUUCUGCAGCUCUUUAUUGUAGUACUCCAUGCUAUACCUUGUUUAUAAUGUGACUUUGUGACAUGUUAAU